AUGGACAUGUCAGAGGCAAAGUACGAGAACCUCCACCUCGAGGACCACGACCGCGAUGAUCGGAGCAGCACCGAGGUCGAGGAGUCGCUUAUCGGCAGCGGGGAGCAUGACAAGGGUUACGUGAGGGACUUCCAGAGACCGGCGGCGAGGAGGAGGAACAGCUGUCUGAGCAUGCUCAAAGCUUCGCGGUGGUUUGUCGACACGAUAUUGCUGCUCAUUAUCUUGGGGUUGUUGGUGAAGGACCGCAUGGACAAGCCGCCGACGAAUACCCUGGACUUUGGAGGCGAUUUGACGGGCGUCAGUGGCAAAUUCUCUCAGCAGAUCAAGACUUUUGCACCGGAUUACGAGGGCAAGUAUGCCCCGAACGACACGUCAAAGUUCUUCACCGACGAGGUUUUGAACAACUGGAACGAGCUUAUGCCCUGUAAGUACGGCAUGGGUUUCCAAUGGGUCAAUGAUACCCACAAGUACCACGACCUGCCUACUCCCAUCGUCUGGCCCGAGAAGACUGUCUUUACGACCUCCAUCACUCACCAGCUUCACUGCUUGUUCGCCGUCGUGCAGACCUACUCUGGACUCACUUCCGGCCAUGAGAUCCCUGACGACCACCACUGGCACAUGAUUCACUGCUUCUCAUACCUGAGACAGACCAUCAUGUGCAGCGCCGAUAUGGCGUUGGAGGGUCUCGAGACGACUUUCCCCGACCACAAUGGUGGUUCCGACGGUUGGGACUCGAAGCAUGUGUGCAAGGAUUAUAAUCAGGUCAAGAACUACUUGGAGAGCGUCAGGGCGUACGACGAUAGAGAAAUCUUUUAA